ACAAGCAUCCAGCGCAACAUCCACCACGUCCGCAAAAAUCACACACCGCAAUCCUAGGGUUGCAGUGACGAUGCUCCCCUACGCUUCCAUCCCAGAGGCCGCGGCGGCGCUAGGCCGCAACCUCACCUUCGCGGAGACCCUCUGGUUCAACUACUCCGCCGCCAAGUCCAAUUACUUCCUCUACUGCCACAACAUUUUGUUCCUCUUCCUCUUCCUCGUCUUUUCCCUUGUCCCCCUCCCCCUCGUCUUCCUCGAAUUCAAGCGCUUCUCCUUCGUCUCUUCCCACAAGAUCCAACCAAAAGUCCACUUGUCCCUCACCGAAACCUUCAAGUGCUACAAAGACAUCAUGCACAUGUUCUUCCUCGUCGUCGGCCCCUUCCAACUCAUCUCUUACCCUUCCAUCCAAAGGAUUACACCAAUUACUGGAUCCAUAGGUUUCUGCACAACGAUUGGGGGUACGAGAAGAUUCACCGCGUCCACCAUGAGUACCAUGCACCCAUUGGAUUCGUCGCGCCCUAUGCUCACUGGGUCGAGAUCUUGAUCCUCGGGAUUCCCUCCUUUCUUGGACCUGCCAUGGUUCCUGGCCACAUGAUCACCUUUUGGCUCUGGAAAGCCUUGCGCCAGAUUGAAGCCAUUAACACACA